AUGUCACAAGAUGACUUCAAGUUUUUGCGAAUUCUCCUGGAAGAGAUCCAUCAGAGAGAUGACGGUUACUACGAGAAUGACGCGCACUCGCCAUCGACGGACGCGCCAUCGACGGACGCGCACUCGCCGUCGACGGACGCGCACUCGCCGUCGACGGACGCGCACUCGCCAUCGACGGACACAGAGUUGGAUUAUCCUGAUAUGAAGAAUAUCUUCUGGACGGACUCGAAGGUUGUGCUAGGGUACAUCCAAAACCGGUCCAAGAGAUUCCACAUGUAUGUUGCAAAUCGUGUACAGACAAUACGUCAGAGUUCAGACCCCGAUCAGUGGAACUAUGUUUCGACACACGAGAACCCAGCGGAUCAUGCAUCACGGGGCCUCACUGCUGAGGAGAUCGAAUCGUCUAACUGGCUCAAGGGUCCCGCUUUCCUAUGGGAGAAGGAGAUAUCACUACAGAAGAUAGACGUGAACGUAGCAGCAGAAGACAUAGAGGUCAAAUCCACCGUCAGAGCUGCUCAGAAAUCCAGCUUCACCUCAUUCGAAGAAAGAGUAAGCAGAUUUUCGACGUACAACAGUGCUGUCAAAGCAGUAUCUGUCAUCGUAAACUGUUCGCUCAGAAGAGCAGGAAUCGAAUUGUCAAAACUGGAGACGCAGAAGGUUGCUGAGAAAAAUCUGAUUUGCGUGAUCCAGGAAGAGAGCUUCCCUGAGGAGUUGACAAGAUGUCGGAAGGGCUCAUCAGCCCUAUCAAAGACAGGCAGUCUGAAGGAUCUUGAUCCGUUCAUCGGUAAGGAUAACCUCCUACGGGUGGGAGGGAGACUGAUGAAAGCGCCAAUGAUGUACGGAGUCAAACACCCUAUUAUCCUCCCUAGACACAGUCACUUGUCCAGUCUGAUAGCUUCACACUGCCAUCAGAGGAUAACACAUCAGGGGCGGCAUCUGACAAUUAACGACAUAAGGGCCAGUGGAUUCUGGAUACUCGGAUGCAGAUCAGUUGUUUCGUCCAUGAUAAACAAAUGUGUCAGGUGCAUUCGUGCCAGAGGUAGCACGCUGACGCAAAAGAUGCCCGAUCUUCCGAAAGAGCGCAUAGAACCCUCACCACCUUUUACAUACUGUGGACUGGAUUGCUUUGGGCCAUAUAUUAUCAAGGAAGGCAGGAAGGAGUUGAAGAGGUACGGACUCAUAAUUACCUGCCUGGCCAUGAAGGGCGUCCAUAUCGAGAUGCUAGACGACAUGUCCACAGACUCCUUCUUGAACGCUCUGCGAUGCUUCAUCGCAUUAAGAGGAAGAGUACGUCUGAUUCGAUGCGACCAAGAAACUAACUUUAUCGGAGCAAAACAUGAACUCAAAGAGUGUUUGAAAGAACUGGACUCUGACCACAUCGUAUCCAAGCUCAGGACUACAGUUCGAAUGCGAGUACAAGUUUAA